CAUACCACGUUUUGCUUUCUCGAAUCUCAAUCACCUACGUGUCGUAUAGUAGCAUUGCACCAUGUUUUCAGAACAAUUCCCACAAGAUUAUCAUCAUUUCAUGUUUCUCACUUCCCAAACAGGGGUAAAGAGGGAAAAAAUCUAAAGAGAAUGAGCCGCCACCAGCAGCAGCAACAGAGACCUCAGCACGAACCCAUCAAGUACGGCGAUGUUUUUCCUACAGAGGGAGAACUUGCGGGGAAAACGGUGGCCCCAAGGGAUGCGGCGAUGAUGCAGACGGCUGAGAACGAAAUGCUUGGGCAUAUACAGAAGGGCGGUGCUGCCGCAACCAUGCAGUCGGCCGCCAUGCGCAACGAGAGGGCUGGCUUUGUGGGUCAUAAUGACGUGACCGACGACGCUGGCGAUCGCGGCGUGAGCAUCACGGAGACCGAUCUUCCUGGGAAGCGUUUAAUCGUCGAGUCGGUCGCCGGACAGGUUGUCGAUCAAUUUAGUCAGCGCGCUCCGUUGGCAGCUGCCACCCUUUUUGAAGAAGGUGGUGGUGGUCGCGGCCAGGGUGAUGCAAUCACUAUAGGUGAAGCACUGGAGUCCACUGUCAUGACAGCCGGAAGCAAGCCAGUGGAGCAGAGCGAUGCCGCAGCUAUUCAGGCCGAAGUUAGAGCAACAGGCCGCACCAACGUAGUCCCUCGUGGGGUUGCCGCCGCUGCUCAGUCGGCGGCAACUCUGAAUGCCAGGACAACUAGGGACGAGGACAAGACAAAACUUGCUGAUGUUCUUGCGAAUGCUACUUCGAAGUUGCCAACGGAUAAAGCGGUGACACGCCGAGAUGCAGAGGGGGUGACGGGUGCGGAGAUGGGCAACAAUCCAGACCUGACAACACAUCCGGCAGGAGUGGCGGCUUCCAUGGCUGCGGCUGCUAGGCUCAACCUCAAUAAAUAAGCAACUAAAUUUUAGUAGCCAGAGAUAUACUGUCGAUCUUUUUGUUUUGUUAAAUUUAUUUUCUUAUCCUCUGUUUUGGACGGCAUUAGUAGUGCAGUGUGUCUCCUUUCUUGUGCAUUAAUCGACGAGUAUCAAUAAAGUGGAUUAUUAUAUAGUCUAA